CUUGUCGUCUCAGACAGACUGCAGAUGUACAGGCGCAGUCGCGUGCUCGUCAUCACUGGCACCUUCCACGUUUGAACCCAAUUUUAUUGAUGUUCUUACUACAAGUUAUUAUUCCUAAUACCUGUCCUCUGUAGCAAGAUGCAAUUAGAUUCUUUGUCUGCGAUUUAAUAGCUCGCCUCAAUCUUUUACCUGAGUUUAUUUUCUUCACUCGCUCAAAUACCUGGAUAAUUACUCAUAGAUGGUUUCAACAGCAUCCACCUCCACUCCCGCAAGACUCCCCAGGGUCUUAACCUGUCGUCGUCUUUCACCCAACCAGCAGGCAGUUGCGGAAGCACGGGUAUAAACCAAGACCCUGAACCGUCCAGGGGUGCUGCUCGCCUGAUCCCGGCGGGAUGUGUGUGUGGUGGUCUACAAGGUUCCACGCUUCGCAGACUGUCGUCACCUGGAAACUCUCGGAUCUGGUUUUACAACCGCAAACCUCAUUUUUAACCUUCCCUCUACUUCCAUUUUAUGGACAAUGUUCUCCGUCCCUUGAUAUCGAUUCUUCUUGACUCGUAUACUACUUACUGUUGAGACUCGAUCUUUUUUUUUUGUCCUGUCUAUUUGAUUAUUUUUUGGUCCUAAGCUUUGUUUUUCUUCUCUUUUUUCAACUUGAAUAUCCACCUUUGCCUAGGCACCCGCGGGCGUUCGCCCCGACAAAAGAUGCGCCGGCCCGGGAUACUUUUUGUCUUAGGCUUACUUUGCGAUGCCGUCAUCGCUAGUAUAGGCCCCGAUAGCGGGCUUGAAGUUCAACAUGUUCUGAAAGAUCCUCAUGGAUACGCGCUUGAGGCGCCACCACACAGGCCUUUGCAUGGGCGAUUUUUACACAUUACUGACUUCCACCCCGAUACCUUUUACAAAUUGCAUACGUCAACCGAUGAGGACAUUGCCUGCCACCGUGGCGAGGGCAAUGCAGGUUACUAUGGCGCUGAAAUGUCAGAUUGCGACACACCAGUCUCCCUGGUGAAUGCCACCUUUGACUGGCUCGACAAGUACUGGAAGGACAAGAUCGACUUUAUUGUCUGGACCGGCGACAGUGCUCGUCAUGACAGUGAUGAGGAGAUACCCCGAAAUGCUAAGCAGGUCCUGGGAACCAACCGCAUGAUUGCCAACAAGUUCACAGACUUGCUAUAUAAUGAGUCCACCAGGGCUCUUUCUAUCCCUGUCGUACCGACCUUUGGCAACAACGACAUUCUUCCUCACAACAUCAUGUUGCCCGGCCCCAACCGCUGGCUUCAGGAUUAUAGCAACAUUUGGACCAACUUCAUUCCCGAGGAGCAGCGCCAUUCGUUCGAACUCGGUGGCUACUUUUACGUCGAGGUGAUCCCUAACAAGUUGGCCGUCUUCAGCCUCAACACGCUAUACUUUUUUGACCGAAACGCAGCCGUCGAUGACUGCAUCAACCCUUCAGAGCCGGGCUACAAACAGCUGGAGUGGUUGCGAGUCCAGCUGCAUUUCAUGCGCCAGCGCGGAAUGAAGGCUAUCAUGAUAGGUCACGUACCGCCUGCACGCACAGAUAGCAAGAUGUUGUGGGACGAGUCCUGCUGGCAAAAGUACACGCUCUGGAUGCAGCAGUACCGCGAUGUUGUGACGGCCGGAAUUUACGGGCACAUGAACAUCGACCAUUUUAUGCUUCAGGACUCCCAGGAAGUCGACUUGCACCUGCUCGACAAUGGCAUUUUGGACGGCGGUUUGCGUGAGAACCUGGACGAUGAGCUCACCGUCAUGGGCGCCACAGACUACCUGAAAGAAAUGCGGGACAGGUGGUCCAAGCUGCCUAGGUCAGCUGGCCAGAUCGCUGGUGAGCCAUCGACAUUGGCUCUCAAAAAGAAAAAGAAGCACGAGAACCUGGGCGGUCCCUGGGGUGAGCGGUACUCGGCAACGAUGGUGGGUGGGAGCAUAGUACCCAACUUCUACCCCAGCUUUCGAAUCUACGAGUACAACACAAGCGGCCUGGAAACUGCAGCUAUCUGGACCGGUCCUGUGGUUGAUCGAACAGCUUCAGCCGCCGAGAUAAUAGAUAUUACCGACCGGGAGUCUAUGAAGCACAUUCUAGCCGAGAUCGAGAAGAAGAAAAAGAAAAAGGGCCGAAAGGAUAAGCCGAAGCCCAAGGAUCCCAACUUGAUCAAACCUGAACCGCCGGCAAAGACAUCACCCCCGGGCCCUGCAUACUCACCACAGCCUUUCACUUUGCUUCGGUACGAGCAGUGGUUUGCCAACUUGACUCGCAUCAACAAUGAACAGGUCGAUGACGAGUCCGAAGUCGAGGCUGCGAAGUGGCGGAGUGGUAAACCCGGGAACAAACCAUCCAAGAAACCCCCGGGAGAGUUUAUGUUUGAGGUAGAGUACAACACCUCAACAGACAAAGUCCUCAAGAUCACCGACCUCACAGUGCCAAGCUUCCUCAAGUUGGCAUACCGCAUGGGGAAGAGAGAACAAAGAGGCAAAUCCCUCGACAUUGAGGCUGAUGCACUUAGUCUCGAGGACGGCGGUGACUUCGAUUCGGACUGGUACGUUGUUUUGGACGAUGAAGGCACUGAAUACGGCAACGAGACCGUCGUUGAGCAAACUAUGAAGAAGGGCAAGAAGAACAAGAAGGACAAGAACAAGAAGAAGCACAAGAAACACAACAAAGUAUGGCUUCGCUUCCUCAAGCAUGCGUUUAUUAGUACGGUUGAUAAGCGGGAGCUUGAGAAGCUUGACCGGUAAACGGUUAAGAAGCCUGAUUUGCCUGCUUGUUGGAUAUCAGCAUUGUUUUAUUUUCCCCUCUGCUUGCGAGCGAGUAUUUCGUGCUCGUGUGCCAGCUGUUUCUUGUAUAUAUACAUUUUUUUUUCGUCUUUCUUCUUGGGAUAAUAAUGAUGGGGCAUGGAGUUUAGGAGUAUCUAUUGGGUUUGUUUUGAUAGGAUUUUGCCUGAGCCUGGCUUGUAUAGCCGGUUUGCCGGCUCGUCUUGGUGUCGGUCGUUUGAAUUCCCGCUCUCUCCUUUUCGAGUCUGCUUGUCGGAUAUGUGCUAACACGUGAAUAAAAGUGGGCAUUGUAUACAAGAACCGGUUCACUGGGGUGGUAUUCUGGUCUUUUUGUUUCACUACUACUAGACUAGACGGCGGCUGUUCGGCUUGAUCAUUAAAGCUAGAGAAUCUAGAAACACGAAUCAAAAUGCUGAGCCAUCAACUCUUGUUCGUACCAGACUCCACACCGACGUUGGCAUCUUUUGGUAACGCCUG